AUGGCAAAGACAAAGAUAACUAGUGGGGAACAAACCAAAAAGUGUCCAUUUUGUCCUUUCAAGACAACAUCCCAUACUGCGUGGAAAGACCACAUGGCAGAGUGUUAUGAAACAAGACAUUUUUGCAAGAAAUGCAACUAUUCUACUCUCAAGAAGGCUAACUAUCUGAGACACAUCAAGAGAAACCAUCGUGGACAAGCUGAGGCAACUCACAGUAGGGACGAGUCGGGAUGUAAAGACGACUCGGAGGAGCAUUCAUCGAAGGAAGUGCCUGAGCAACUCUCCUCGGAUGACGAAGGUUCACUGGGACAGGAUCCGGACAUAACUUUAGGAGAGGAGGUACCAGAUGAGAGUAUGGAAGGUCCGUCUAGCAGUACCCAAACUCAGAUUGACCUACCAGAGUGUUCAAAUGUAGCAGACCCUACAAUCCGAAAGAGAACUCAGCCACUUCCAGUGUACACUCCUAGCAAGAGUAAAGCGCCACGGCUUGAGGAACUCUCUAAAGAUGUGCCACGGCGUGAGGAACUUCCUAAUGUUGUACCACGGCGUGAGGAACUUUCUAAUGUUGUGCCAAGACAGGUGGUGGAUGCUGCUGUUCAGACUGAACCAGUGCUUUACACCAAAUCCAUUAAGACCACAACGAUUAUGAAGGAAAAUGGUCGUAAAAUAAUCACGGUCAAGAGAGAGAGGAUGUUAUAA